AAUUAGUUGCUUUGAGGAUUAAAACUUCAGUUACACUUGAGAAAUCUCCCUAAAUUUUCAUUAUUUAUUAUUAUUUACUUUUAAAUUUAUAAAAAUAUGGCGGCGUCGUUGGUGAGAGCAUGCUUUAAAUCAUAUCCAUCGACAAGACUUUUGUCUGAGAUUAUUAAGAAUGCCGAUCGUUAUGGAGAUGCAAAUAAAUUUAUUUAUGUUAAAACAUGCAUUGAAUGCAAUUGCUAUCAUACAACACCAGCGUUUUUUAAAAGAAGGAAAACUCGAGAAGAAAAGGCACAAGGAUUUACUCCAAAACCAAAGGCUACAAUUAAACUGCCAGUUAUUAAUGUUUGGAAGAAUAUGACAGUAAGAGAAUUAUCUGAGUCUACUGGAAGAUCAGUAAACGAUGUUUUAGAAGCUAUUUCUUACUUUGAUGCUCAAAGAUACAAUAAAAAUACUAUUAUUGAGGAUAAACGAAUCAUAUUUGGAGCAGUAGCUAAAUUAGGAGCUAAAUAUAAAAUCGUUCCUUCACCUCAUGAAGAGAAACAAGAAAGUAAGGAUUGUGAUGCCGUCAAAAGACCACCCCCAGAUCCAUCAAUAUGCAUUAAAAGGCAUCCAGUUGUAACAGUAAUGGGCCAUGUAGAUCAUGGCAAAACAACGUUAUUAGAUUCGUUACGACAUACAUCAGUAGUAAGCUCAGAAUUUGGUGGAAUAACUCAACAUAUAGGAGCUUUUAACGUAACAUUAGAUACUGGGGAAAAAAUAACUUUUCUUGAUACACCUGGCCAUGCUGCAUUUAGUGCUAUGCGAGCUAGAGGUGCCCAAGCCACAGACAUUGUUGUCCUCGUUGUAGCAGCAGAUGAUGGUGUUAUGGAACAAACAAUUCAAAGUAUAAAAAUGGCAAAAGAAGCUCAAGUGCCAAUCAUUGUUGCUAUUAAUAAAAUUGAUAAACCAGAAGCAGAUAUUAAAAGAACCCAGAAUAUGUUGGCUCAGCAAGGUAUCCAAGUGGAAGCUCUUGGUGGUGAGGUACCGAGCGUCAAUAUUUCAGCAUUAAAAGGAUUAAAUUUGAAAGAUCUGGUUGAAACGAUAGUUGCACAAGCAGAAAUUAUGGAUUUAAAAGGUGACCCAAAGGGACCUGUUGAAGGUGUUGUUAUCGAAGUUUCUACCGAAGUGGGUCGAGGUAAACUUGCUACUGCACUUAUUCAACGUGGUACUUUACGAAAGGGAACUGUUCUUGUUUGUGGACUUGCGUGGGCUAAAGUAAGAGCAAUGUUCGAUCAUGCAGCUAAUCCUGUUUCGGAAGCUAAAUUAUCCGAUGCAGUUCAGAUAAUUGGGUGGCGAGAAUUGCCAUCAGUUGGCGAAGAAAUUAUUGAAGUUGAAGAUGAACAAAGAGUUCAUCUUGUUCUAAGAUUUAGGAAAACUUUAGAGGAUAAAUUUAAAGCUGUUGAAGCACUGGAAGUUAUAAAACAAAGACAGGCGGAGCAUGAAAAAGUAUAUAAAGUUCAGCUGCAGGAAAGAAGAGCCUUAGGAAGGUACAGGAAAAGCAGAGAACCUGGUCCGAGAAAAAAAGAAAUACAGGAUGACGAUGGCAUCCCAAGAUUAAACGUUUUAGUAAAAGGUGAUGUCGUUGGUUCCGUUGAAGCUAUAUUGGAUGUUUUUGAUACGUAUGGAGAUGAAAAUCGAUGUCAUCUAGAUGUUGUUCAUUAUGGUAUUGGCCCAGUAUCCGAAGAUGAUGUCGAACUAGCUAAAGCUUUUGAUGCUAUCAUUUAUACUUUCAAUGUUAAUGCUCCAAAGAAAAUUGAAGAACUUGCUAAAAAAUUUAAGAUACCUAUUCAUUCCUAUAAAGUUAUCUACAAACUUAUAGAUGACAUUAAGAAUGAAAUAUGUAAAAAAUUGCCGCCAGACCAGGUUGAAGAAAAAUUGGGUGAAGCUAAUGUCUUGCAACAUUUCGAAAUAACGGAAAGAAAGAAAAAAGUGAAUGUUGCUGGAUGCCGUUGUACUGAUGGAAUCCUUAAGAAAGAUGCACAUUUCAGAAUUAUAAGAAAUCGUGAACAAAUUUAUGAAGGCAAAGUAAAAGAAAUCAGGCAUUUGAAAAGUGAAGUUAACAGUAUCAAAUCAGGAGUCGAAUGCGGUUUGAGAUUUGAAAAUCCAGAUGUUGUUGUGGAACCGGGUGAUACAGUUAUUUGCUAUGUAAUUCAUGAAGUAUCACCAAGUGUUAAUUGGGAUCCUGGUUUUUAAUUUGUUUAUUUAAUUUAUAAUUUUUUUAGAAAUGGAAAAUAAAAAAAAAUUUAGUACAAAAUAAUUUUGUUAUUAAAAAAGUAUACAAAUUAAUUUUUUUGGUCCUUUUAAAAUUUAAUCAUCGGUAGACUUUUUACUAGAAGAUAAAUUAAGCUGAACAAGUCUGAAAUUUAUUAUCGUAAAGUGCUUUUAUAAGUUGGACAAUUCUAAGUCUGUUAACAAAGUAUUAUUAACAUUAAGGCACAGAAAUCUAUUGACCGAUGAAUUUAAAUAGCUUGGAUAAAUCUAAUUCUACUGAUUGAAGUUCUUUUGCACCUAGAGCAUGUCUAAAUAUACUCUAUUAAUUUUUAUUGUUAAAGCAUGUGAACUGUUUAUUCCAAGCAAUUUUGUAAUUGAAAUUCAUUAUUGUAUUUAAAAUAUGUGUAUUGUUCCUUCUAAUUAUUAUUUUCAACUUUUCGAAUGUAAAUAUUCUUAAUUAAAAUUUUAUGUUAGAAUUGU